GUACGGACGAAGAUGCAUCUCCCAAGAUGGCCGCACAACUUGAAGGCAAUUCGCCGCAGCACGGAGCUGUUAAACAUGAAGAAAUUAACCAACCUUUACCAGAUGAACAAGAAAUUGAUGUUAAGAAUGAAGAGCUAGAUCAUGUUGAAAAUAAUAAAAUUAAACCAGAAAGCACUUCAUCUGCUAUGGAACUUGAAAAAGCCGAGGCUCUUCCAAUGGCAAACGAAGAUGAUAAGCAUGUGUCGGAGGAUGUCAUUACAAAUGGAUCUUCACCUGCUGCCAACAAUCAAGGUGUAUCUAUUCAAGAAAAGGAAAUAGUUCACAAUAAAUCACCUGAAUUGUGA